GGGGAUAUUCUGCGUCCACAUUAGACAAAGAAAUUUGAAGACUCUAGGUGGACUCCCCCUGUCCUCUCCCCCGUAUAAAGUAGACGUGGGCACAUGGUAUAAUCCACCCCCUACCCUGUGAUGUUUUUCCAUUUUGGCAGAGAGCGGCUGAAACCACGAAGUUGGACGUUUUUAAAUAUCGUGGUAUUUUUAAAAAAUAUUACUCUUCGCCCUGCUUCGGAUGAGACGUAUGAGUGAACUGAGUUUAUUUUGUAAAACACAGACGCGUGAGUGGGAGCGGAAAAUGUCAGUUAUCCGCGUCCUUUGAAGUGUUUUUUUUUCCGCCGUGAUCUCUUCGCUGGGUCGGAUGGACGAGGAGCGGACUGAGGGCUCGUUUAAUGGAGUUACCAGCCUCCCGUUUUCACCGGCUCGCGGAGAGCCCUGUCCGCCCAGCAAAGAGCCCGUCAAGUACGGGGAGCUGGUUGUCCUAGGGUAUAAUGGAUCCCUCCCUAAUGGAGACCGGGGCAGGCGAAGGAGUCGUUUUGCCCUCCACAAGCGAGCCAAGGCCAAUGGCGUCAAGCCCAGUACCGUACACAUCCUCAACAACCCGCAGGCCAGCAAGGCUGUAAACUGUAAGGGCCAGCACAGUAUCUCCUAUACUCUGUCCCGAAACCAGACCGUGGUGGUGGAAUACAGCCAUGACAAAGACACGGACAUGUUCCAGAUCGGCCGCUCGACGGAGAGCCCCAUCGACUUUGUGGUGACGGACACCGUAUCGGGGGGCGGGGACGGCGAAGACACGCCCAUCACCCAAAGCACGAUCUCGCGUUUUGCCUGCAGGGUGGUGUGUGAGCGCAAACCUCCGUACACCGCUCGCAUCUACGCGGCGGGCUUCGACACGUCGAAGAACAUCUUUCUCGGAGAGAAGGCAACUAAAUGGAAGAACCCAGACGGCCAGAUGGAUGGGCUGACGACCAAUGGCGUGUUGGUGAUGCACCCCCGGGGCGGGUUCACGGACGAGUCCAAGUCUGGCGUGUGGAGGGAGAUAUCAGUGUGUGGAGACGUGUAUACGCUAAGAGAGACCCGCUCUGCACUAACACGAGGCAAAUUGGUGGAGAGCGAGAGUAAUGCGCUGCAGGACAGCUCCCUGGUGGAUCUCUGCGGGGCCACGCUGCUGUGGCGCACGGCGGAGGGCCUCUUCCACACGCCCACACAGAAACACCUGGACGCGCUGCGCCAGGAGCUGAACGCCGCACGGCCCCAGUGCCCCGUGGGCCUAAACACGCUGGCCUUCCCCAGCAUGCAACGCUGCAGCCGCGCCCUGCCCGCGCUCGCUCCCCGCGAGGACAAGCAGCCCUGGGCCUACCUGGCCUGCGGUCACGUACACGGCUAUCACGACUGGGGCCACCGCUCUGAGCGCGAGCCCAACGCCCAGAGGGAGUGCCCCAUGUGCAGGACGGUGGGCCCCUACGUGCCGCUGUGGCUGGGCUGCGAGCCGGCCUUCUACGUGGACGCGGAUGCGCCCACGCACGCCUUCGUGCCCUGCGGCCACGUGUGCUCGGAGAAGUCGGCUCGCUACUGGUCAGAGAUCCCCCUGCCGCACGGCACGCACGCCUUCCAUGCCGCCUGCCCCUUCUGCGCCACACAGCUUGGCCAAACGCAAGGCUGUACCAAGCUCAUCUUCCAAGGCCCUGUAGACUGAGCCUGUGAGCUGGAGCAGAGACGGGCCGGCUUCCAGUGGAGGUUAGGACAUGGGACCGUCGCAAGCCGUGAAGCUGUCCUCCUUCAACUGGAGAGGAGAAUUUGUCCAGCUGAGCUUAUUCUUCACUGGUCAUGUUUUCUUUUAAAGUCGCUGUGGAGACUGACUGGUGUCGGCUGUGAAGUUUUCUGAUGAGUCAGUCUUAUUUAUUAAAAACUGUUGGCCAAGUUAGAGUUGCACGUAUUGCAACCAAGAGCAUCGUGAGAACAUGUGACAAGCUUGGUGUGCCUUGAUUGGAUCCACUGAUUUCUUUUAAAAUAAUAAUUAAAAAAAAAGACAUUGAAAGCAGCUGACCAUGUUCAGUGGUCACCAGAUUUAUUAAAAUUCUGAAACAUCUAGCGGGAUCAUUUCUUCUUAAACAAUUUUGCUUAACAGUAUUGCUUGAAAUUAAAAAUAUUUGACAUUUCUCACACAUUUGAAACACCAAAACGGUCGUUGCCCAAAGAUAAAAUGGUAGCCAAAGCGGAAUUGACUGGUUACCGUGUUCAGACGUUGCUCUGAGUUGGAUUAACACGGCCCCUCCCAGCCAGAGUUAGAUGAUGAGUGGGGUCGUUGCAUUACAGAAUAAGUAUGGGAGGAUUUCGCUGUGGUGGUUUUGUCUCUGACCUGUAGGCUUCAUCUAAUUUGGCACCUGGUUUAGUGUUUUCAGUCCAUGCUAGGGUUAAUUGUACUGUACGUUUAAACAUUUGUAUGGGCUUGACAAGCCCGAUAUGCAGUCAGGGCCGACGGGGACAUCAUCUCAUGUCCUGUAAACAACAACUAGAUGUGUUGAUCUUAUUUCUGAUGGUGUUUUGAACCACAAGCUUUUAACUUGAUGAUUUUGUGGAUCCCCCACCCCUUUGUCCCCAGUAGAAAUUCAAAUCUUAAUAUGGAUAUAAACAAGUUUAUAAGGUUGUUUUUAAAAUGAAAAACUUUUACUCUUCUAUUUUCUUAACAUUUGUACAGAGAUGGAUUUUAGUGUGCAAAAAUGGGGGAAUUUUUUAACAGCUUUGAGUUCUUUUGAUCAGAAGAUGGGGUUAUUGGGUGGGGGGGAGAUUAUAAAAGAUUUAAUUGAAAACAACUGUUUUUGUGAUAUUUGUAUUUUUUUCCUCAAUACAGAUUGCCAAUACUUGCUGUUAUACAUUCAUGUACUGCUUUCUAACAGGAGGACUUAUUUACUCUGUCUUGUAUUUGAUAUCUGCUCCAGUGUACAGGCUUGUGAUGUUCUAGUACUGCAUCAUGUGUCUGUGAAUGACAACUGGAGACGAUUGGAAUUGACAUGGAGCAAAAAGGUCAACAAAAUAAUUCUAAUAACACUUUGCCUGCCCACUACAGCAUGCAAAAACAAACCUUUUGGUAAUUAAGAUUAUUGCAAUACAUUGCAUUAUGACAAAAUCAUAUUGCAGCUACAGUGAAAUAGUGCAGACAUUGGUGUAUGUCUAAUAUCACACAAAUGGGUGAGCGUUGUUUCUAUGCUCACAUAGUUCUAAUUAGAAAAACACAUGGAUUCAUGGACCUCAUAAAUGGCUAAAUAGAAGAGAUUGUGUUGAUUCACAUUCAAUGAAUUGUCUAGCACCACUUUCACAUAAUAGUUAGACUUUAGUUUUUUUUGUUUGUUUGUUUUUUUUAUACACUUAUAACCACCGCUGUGACACUUCACCACCUUCAAAUAUGAAACCACAACAACAUCAAACAAAUUUGAUAUUGGAAAAGUCAAGAUUUUAAAUAGUUGGUCAUUUUUGAAUGACCUGUAAGCUUUGUAGUAAUGGACUACUGGAAGCUUGUGCUUCUCAGUCUUACUCAGCUGAGAGUAGACUAAGAAUUCUUCUAAAUUUGAUCCUUGAAUUAUUCUGUCUAGCUGCUUAUGAAAGAAUGAAAAUACAAAAUGAUCUUCCAUAUGACCCAUUUAUGUGCUAGUAUGCAAGUAUCAGUAAUUGAGUUUGUCUUUCAGUAGGUGUAAGGUAUCAUGUGGUUUCUUGGCACUCUUAUUUUAAUACCACAAUUCAUCUUCCUCUCUGGAGAAACGUCUGCUUCAGGAAUAAUUUCUGUUUUACUCAGUGGCUGGUCCCAUUGAUAUGGCUACA